UUCGCUUUCACUAAGCGGAGGACUGGAGACUGGAGCACAUUCAAAUACAACGGAGGGAGAAAAAAAAUUCGCCGGCGAGAUUUGGCGGGAAAGCCGAAACCAUGAGCUCGUCGGCGGUAGAUUCAGAGACGCCCGAUCUGGUUUGCCACCUUGACAACGUCCAAGGCCUGGUGGAUGCCUUCACUGCUGUUAGAUGGAAACGCCAUCAGGACGCCGUAAUCGAACUAUCAGAGCAUGGCAUCGUUUUGAUCGUUGAAGAAUCCGGCUGUCUUCAAGCCAAAGUGUAUCUGCAGCGUGAGCUUUUCAUUCGUUAUGAAUACAGUGCACAAGCUCGGCCAAGAUUUGGAGUGAGCUUAGGCACUUUUGUUGAUAGUUUGAAUACGUUUUCUGUUCCUGGACGUUCAAGCACCACUGAAAUCAAAUACCCGGGACCUGACAUGCAACUUCUAAUCAAGUCAGUCGAUUCAUUAGAUGCGUGCAUUUAUGCGGAGAUCAGAACCAGAAUCCCAGAGACAAUCUCGUGGGAUUACAUUUUUGAACCUGCAGGAAGCAGUCCACUCAGUUUCACUGUCAAGUCUGCAGCUCUGAAGGAAGCUAUUGAUGAUCUUGAAUGGCCUGGAUCAAGCAUCCAGAUAGUUCUCGAACCGGCUCCCCCUUCUGUCACCUUCAAAGGCGAAGGCCAUGGAGACUUGCAGGUAGAUUUCAUGUACUAUGCAAACACUGAUCUUCUGAUCUCGUUCCAUUGCGAUCGUCGGGUAUCAUACAGGUACAAGUACAAAUUUCUACGAGCGACGACUUCCAACAUACCGAGCAGCGUGAUUAGAGAAAACAGGGGAAGCAAGUUGACUAUUGGGAGAGGAGGAAUGCUAAAAGUUCAGCACUUGGUUUCUGUGGCAAGACCAUCCACUUCGCAUAUAGAUUCUGCUGGUUAUCAGCAACCCAGCAGAAUUGCUUUCAUUGAGUUUUUUGUGAAACCAGAGGAGGACACCACAAAUGAUUAAUGGACUUUUCCAGAUAUUUCGCCAUCCAUGACUGCUCUUUCUGGUAUCAGCAAUGAACCUCACAUUCCUAGAGGACCUCUGUAAACUCAGCACUAUUUAAUGGCAGAAAGCAAUCAGAUUCGUGCAGGCUUCUCUUUUUUCAACAAUGCAUACAUGUUACUGUAAGUUUGAGUUGUUGCUUGAUCAACUCAUAUUUCCAAGAGUGUAAUCCCUCAACCACUAAACGAACAUUUUGCUUGUACUUCCAAAAGAAAAAAAAAAGGGAACAUUAUGUUAUUAA